AGUAAGGUCGGGAAAUGGCGGUAGUUGACAGCUUUGACUUUCUCCUUAAAGAGUUAGAAAGAACAUGUACAAAUACCAGAGAUAUUUUAGCAUUUAUUGGUGUAUUUUAUGCUUGUAAACGAACGCUACAAUGUCUCAUAGGAUUGAUAAAAGCAACAAACGACCAUCUCCUGAGCAAACUUUCGUAUAUCAGCAAUUACAAAAAACGUUUUGGAGCAUGGGCGGUUGUAACAGGUAGUAGUGAAGGUAUUGGAUUAGCCUAUGCCAAAGAACUAGCCAGUAGAGGAUUACAUGUUGUUAUGAUAAGUAGAGGAGAGAAUAAGUUAUACAGAGCAGCUAAAGAUAUAGAAGAACAAUAUAAAGUGGAAACCUGUACAAUAGCUGUUGAUUUUGCUCAUGGAAAAGAAAUUUAUGAGAAGAUUUGGAAUCAAAUUAAAGACAAAGAAAUUGGUAUACUAGUAAACAAUGUUGGUGUAAUGUAUGAAUUUCCUCAGCUUUUCUUAGAUGUUCCUGUAGAGAGAUUGUGGUCACUAGUGAAUGUCAAUGUAGCAGCAGCAACUAUGAUGACACAUCUCAUAAUGCCACAGAUGGUUCAAAGGAAAAAAGGAGCUAUAGUUAUGGUGUCCUCAGGUUCAUGUACAAAAAUUACUCCACAAAUGACAGUGUAUGCUGCUACAACGUAUUUCCUGGACUAUUUUGCCAGGGGAUUACAAUAUGAGUACCGGAACUCAGGAGUUAUUGUACAGUCUCUGAUGCCAUUUUAUGUUGCGACUAGAAUGACACGCUAUAGUCAGACAUUAUCUAAACCAGGUUUAUUUAUACCAUCAGCAGAUAACUAUGCCAAGUCAGCAAUAGCUACACUAGGAUAUAGUAGCAGAACAUCAGGAUACUGGCCACAUACUAUACAGGCAUGGAUAUCAGAUAGCAUUCCUGAAUGGCUGUGGAUGUGGGGAGCCACAAGACUGAAUAAUGCCUUACGUAGACAGGGACAAGAAAAGUUACACCAUAAAAAAACACUUAGGAAAAGGGGAAGUGAACUAUCUUUUGAAUCAGAUUCUUGAUGUUGAAGGAAAGUAGAAACAAACUAUUAUGCAUGUACUUAUGAGAAUCUUGAAAAUUAUACUGGAAGAUUUUUUAUUCUUUUCAGGUGUAUCUGAAGUAAUUUAACAUUCAUGUGAAACUGAUACUGGUCUUGUUAUAAGAGUUGAAAACUGUUAUUUAUUCAUUUCCCUGCUAGAGAAUGUUGUUGGCCAAGUUUGAUAUAUUUUACAUAAAAAAAUAGACUUAGGUGAAUGAAUUUUACCAAUUUCUCCAAUUUUCAAUAUUGAUUAAUGGUGAAUACUAUAAAUACAGAAUUUGUGCAUGCAUUAAAUAUUGCAAUUUGUAAACAAUGGACAAAUCUACUGCAUUAUUUUUUUUUGAUUUCAAGACAUUUUGCAUACAUAUAAGACUAUCAAAAUCUAAAAUACAGCUUAUUAUUUUUGUGAAACCUAUCGUGUCACAAUAUUAACGAUAUUGAUAGCAUCACAAAAUUUCUGAGAUAGAAAAAAUUGCAAAAUGAAUUUAUGCACCAUUUGCAUGUUGUGAAUUUUUAUUUUAUUGUAUUUGUGUUGUAAUGCAAAUGCAAGGAAAGAGAGAAAGAAUUUCACUUCAUUCAAUUGAAUUGUUCUAUGUUUUGUGAAAUUAAUUAAAACUUUUUUUAUAAAAAAAAAUUAAAAAAAAUAAGUCUGAACAAUGUUGUUAGAUGCCCGGACAUUUAUCAUUAGAAGAUAUUAUUAAAUGAUGAAAACGUAUUUAUGAAAUGAUUGUUUGUAAAGUGCCUGUGUUUUACUAUGAAUCUAUUUAGUUAAAUUGUUGUGCUAUAUUGUAAUGUCUGUGCUAUAUUGUAAUGUCUGUGCCAUAGUUUUAUAUAGAAUUGCAUUCAAUGAUGAGAUUUAUUUUUGUAUCAUCAUAACAGACAGUUUCUGUGGCCAGGUUUAACCAAAGACCAAAAUUUAUUUUUGCUUUUGUGCUUAUGAGCAUGCUGCAUUAAGAAGUAAUAACAUAAAGACUUACAUAAAGCUCAGCAUGAGAAAGAUAUGUCUGGAUGGAUUGACAAUUCUCUCAGCAAACUAUUACUUUGAGAGAUUGCAUGCUAAAGAUUCAUCUAUCAUGUCAGUUUAAUGACAUAUAUGAUAAAUAUAUAAAUAAGGAGAUGUGGUAUGAAUGCCAAUGAGACAACUAUCCACCAAAGUUCAAAUGAAGUGGAUGUAAGCAACUAUAGGAGCUGUACAGUCUUCAACAAUGAGAAAAACCCAUACUGGAUAGUCGAAUAUAAAAGGCCCCAACAUGAAAAAUAUGAAACAAAUCAAUUGAGAAAACUAACAGCCUAAUUUAUAACAAAACUAUUAGUCUGGCUCAGCCAUUGGAGAAUAUACUUACAUAAUAUCUCUAUAGUUCCCCCUCUUAAUGAAGUUUAAAAUUGAAUAUUGGGAUGCCCCAAGCCAUCCAUGUCCACAUACACAUCUAUGGAGGGCAAUUUGGUGUCAGCAUCUUUGAAAGAUUGUCAGAUACCUGUCAGACUGUGACAAUUAACAUGACCCAUGUAAAUGAUGUUGUAUGGUGUUGUGGCUUUGAUUAGUUUUUAAACAUACAUAUAAGUUACCAUAAACUAAAUGACCUAGCAUCAUGUAACAUGUUUCAAUGAUGCAUUUUUUUUAGUGUGAUAGCAUGUAAGGUGACUAAGUUUUCUUAAGGAAGACAAUACUCAUUUUAUUUGUUAAAUGAUUUACCAAAAAGUUAACUGGAGUAGGCUAUUGUCUUCUGUACUUGUCCUGCUUAGCAGUAAACAUGAUAUGCAUGCAGAGAGGAUGUGUAUGUCCAGUCUGUAUGAGGAUAUAAAUCUUGCAUGUAGGGAGAAUGCAAUGGUAUUUGUAAGUUAGAGAAUCCUUCAACAAUCCUUUGAGUGGUCCAUAGUUGGCUUGAAAAAGGCAAAAUUUUUACUGCUAUUCAACAAUUACCGUAAAGGGGAAAUUUUCGUCAGGGUUUUUUUUACAAAAUUUUGCCAUUUAAGAUAAAUUUGUGAAAUUAUUCCCUUGUUCAUUUUUGUUAUGCAAAGAAGAUUCGAAUCAGGUACAAGAAAAUUGAAAGUGAGAUCUUUGUGAACCGGUUUUGAACCACAACUUGCAAAAUUUAAAUUCCAGGAAAAUAAACUACUUUACAAUACUCUCUUUUUCUGUGGCAGAUCAAAUUUCCCACUCUUCAUCUAGUGUAGCCAAUUUACCAAAGCCUGCCAAUGAAGCUUUAUUGUUAAUUUCUUCUCAUUAUGGACAUGCAUGAAAUAUAUUCCUCUGGAUGUGAAGCAAACCACAAUCAAUUGAUCAAUGUAGUUGUUGCAGGUUUUUUAUUUUUGUGGGUUUGAAGAAUAGUUUUUUGGCAUUUCCUUGACAUAUUUUCAAAAAUUGAAGGAACUAGCAAAAAGUGUAAAUUGCAAAAAUUAUCAUCAUGACAAGCUGCACCCCUCCUGAAACUGUGGAAAAUCUGUUUACCUGUUUUGGAGUAGUUGCACUUGAAAUAUGUAUUUUUUUGUAUUUUUGGGCCAUUAUUGUGAAAACUAUAGGAGCUUUGUUAAACAUGUAAAAUGCAAAAAUGAUCAGCAAUACAAGAGUAAAUAUAGUAUGUUCAUAUAAUAGUCCUUAUCAGCAAACUGGCAGUUUUUGCACAAUACAGGUUUGCUUCUGUCAACGUAUAUUUGUUCCGCCUAACAGAAGUUCCACUGGAAACUUUGUUAUAAACAAUGUCAUAAUAUCUAUUCCUGUUGGAACAAAUAUUCUAUACCAUUUAUAUCGUUAGGAACAUAUACUGUAAUAUUUAUUCCUGUGGAAAUAGUAUUCCAGAAUAUUUUUUCCUUUUGGAACUUAUAUUAUGAAGGAACUUCUAUUCUGUGACACUUCUUGUUGAUAAGGAGUUAUGUCCCUUGCAAAUGUAAAUUCUAUGGACUAUUGCAUUAAAAGCUCUCUCAAACCUACAUUUUUGACAGAUUUUUAUGCAAAGGCUAAAUAUAUGCAGUCUCAUAGGAGUUCAAAAAUCAGCACUGACCAAUAAUUUUUACAGGCGUUAUGAUCCUAGGAAAUGUAAAUUAUAUUCAAAAUUGCAUUGUAAGCACUCUACAUUCCUUGUAGGAAUUUAAUGUAAUUUAUUUAAACAGUUUUUAAUAAGGUCAAAUAUUUUUACAUGAGUUAUGCCUCUUGGAAAUAGAAAUUAUAUGAAAAAUUGCAUUGUAACCAAUCUGAUGACUUUAUUCUUGAAGGAUAUUUAUGAAAAAGUUUAAAAGAACAAAACAUAUAUAUUGGAGUAAUUGUCCUUGAACAGAUUAAAUAUGUUCAUUGGUGGGUGGCAUUGACAGGUUUUUCUUUUAUCUUUAUAGCACCUAAUUGUUACAUUCUAUAUAAUGAUACAUGUCAUUUUUGCUAUUUCAUGAUAGUUUUUAUAAAAAAUAAGGAGAUAUGGUAUGAUUGAAAAUGAGACAAAUUAACUUAUCAUAGACACCAGGAUUCAAAUUUUGUAUGCCAGACGUGUGUUUUGUCUACAAUAGACUCAUCAGUGACACUCAAAUCUAAAAGUUAAAUUAAGAUGAAAAGCAUUGUACACUUUAGAUUCAAUUUUUGGCCAUUUAAAGUUUAUUUAUAUUUCAUUUCCUGGUUUUUAUUUUCAUUGUAUUGGUGACUUGUUUCGACAAAACACAUUUUCCAGUGUCAAAAUUGUAAAGAAACAAUCUUGUCCUAAUAUAGACUGAUUACAUAAUGACUGUCAAACUUGAUACUGAUUGAUAUGAAAUUCCUACUUACAGGUUACUCAAUUUCAAAAUAGCAUUAUCAUGAUCAGAAGAUUUUAGAAUUAGUCUGUUUAGAAUUAGAAAACUACUGUGUAUUGAAAUACUGUAAAUUCAGAAAUUAUUGCAAUGUUUUUAUUAUCGCGAAAAAUGUGACAGGGUUAUAAUCACAAUAAUUUAAACUCGCAUUUUGAAAUAUUUUAUAUGAAUUAAACAGGAUUGUUCUCAAUAUCACAAAAAUUAGAAUCGCAUUUUAGUCUAAAACGACAAAAUCGCAAUAAUAAAUGCACGCAAUUAUUUCUGAAUUUACAGUAGUUAGCAUUUUUCAUUGUAUUAGAUAAAUGUUUCAAUGAUUUAUUAUUUCUUGUUUUAAAAUUUGCUCCUUUCAGUGCAAUGGUAGAUAUAUAUUUUGUGAGUUCUCAAAUAGUUUUUACAUACUAAAUCCAUGAAAUUUAUUAUAUUUUGAAAUCAAUGGAUCCACCGUAUAUGCAAUGUAUCUUUCUGAAGAUUUCAUUAUUUUGUCAUGUUUAUAGAUUUACACAAUAACAAAUAGCUUAUAUUUUUGUUAUAUUAUUUUUACAGAAGUGCUGAAUUUUGUCUGAAAUAAGGAUUACUCAUGAGAUGGAAAACAUUCAGACACAAUUUGUAUUUGAAACUGUUUGUCAUGAUAAGUUAACCACAAAUAAAAACUGCCACAACAUUUUGUUGUUAGGAAUGUAAAUAGACAAUUUGUGUAUUUUUAAGUAUUCUAAAUGGUAAUGUGUAAACUAAGGGGUUAUUUGUAUAAUCUUUAUUAAUGAAACUUAUCUUGCUGACAUUUGGUAAAAGUUGUAUAGUCUAGCUGCAAAAUAUCCCUGUUCAACACAAGAUUUCUCUGUUAUUAUUUAUGUUUUUUGUUUUGAAUGUUGGUGAAUAAAUUUACCUUGAUUGAAUAUGUAUUAAUAUUUAUGCAAAACUGGAUUGACAUUUUGUAUUUUCGUUUUUUUAUGACAUGAAUAGCUUAUGUGAUGCCAUGUUUUUAUGUGUUCAUAUUUCAUAUGAUAAAUAUUUGAGUGAUUUUAACCUCA